AGAGAGUGCCUCGCGGAGGGAGCACGAGGAGAAGGAGGAGCUUCGCAGGUUGUUUUUUGCCCAGGAGGCCGACUCCGCCGGGUCGCUGGCGGCCGCGGGCUGGGAGGGAGCGGUGCUGCGCCUUCGCAGGUUGGCGAAGUGGUUCCAGGCUACCCGGCUAGUCUGGCACGGCCCCGCCUUCUGUCUCCUCGUCCGUCGCGUGGCGGCGGGAACUGUUGGCCGCGCGGCCUCGGGAACGGCGCAGGUCCCCGCCCGCAGGUCCCGGGCAGAUAACAUAGAUCAUCAGUAGAAAACUUCUUGAAGUUGUUCAAGAAAAAUUUGAAAGUAGCAAAAUAGAAAACAGAGAAUUAACAGCAGAUACAGAGGACAGCAUGGAAGUGUUGUCUUAGGAAACAGAACACAGCAGUGAAAAAACAGACAAAAUCUUCCGCUCAGAUACAACUGCAGCUGAUAAUGUUUUCCAGCUUCAAUGUCUUUAGAGUUGGGAUCUCUUUUGUCAUAAUGUGCAUUUUUUACAUGCCAGCAAUAAACUCUUUACCAGAACUGAGUCCUCAGAAAUAUUUUAGUACAUUGCAACCAGGAAAAGCCUCUUUAGCUUAUUUUUGUCAAGCUGAUUCCCCAAGAACAUCUGUAUUUCUUGAAGAACUGAAUGAGGCUAUUAGACCUCUGCAGGACUAUGGAAUUUCAGUUGCCAAGGUUAAUUGUGUCAAAGAAGAAAUAUCAAGAUACUGUGGAAAAGAAAAGGAUUUGAUGAAAGCAUAUUUAUUCAAGGGCAACAUAUUGCUCAGAGAAUUCCCUACUGACACCUUGUUUGAUGUGAAUGCCAUUGUCGCCCAUGUUCUCUUUGCUCUUCUUUUUAAUGAAGUGAAAUAUAUUACCAACCUGGAAGAUCUUCAGAACAUAGAAAAUGCUCUGAAAGGAAAAGCAAAUAUUAUAUUCUCAUAUGUAAGAGCCAUUGGAAUACCAGAGCACAGAGCAGUCAUGGAAGCCGCUUUUGUGUAUGGGACUACAUACCAAUUUGUCUUAACCACAGAAAUUGCCCUUUUGGAAAGUAUUGGCUCUGAGGAUGUGGAAUAUGCACAUCUCUACUUUUUUCAUUGUAAACUAGUCUUGGACUUGACCCAGCAAUGUAGAAGAACACUAAUGGAACAGCCAUUGACUACACUGAACAUUCACCUGUUUAUUAAGACAAUGAAAGCACCUCUGUUGACUGAAGUUGCUGAAGAUCCUCAACAAGUUUCAACUGUCCAUCUCCAACUGGGCUUACCACUGGUUUUUAUUGUUAGCCAACAGGCUACUUAUGAAGCUGAUAGAAGAACUGCAGAAUGGGUUGCUUGGCGUCUUCUGGGAAAAGCAGGGGUUCUGCUCUUGUUAAGGGACUCUUUGGAAGUGAACAUUCCUCAAGAUGCUAAUGUGGUCUUCAAAAGAGCAGAAAAGGGAGUUCCAGUGGAAUUUUUGGUAUUACAUGAUGUCGAUUUAAUAAUAUCUCAUGUGGAAAAUAAUAUGCACAUUGAGGAAAUACAAGAAGAUGAAGACAGUGACAUGGAAGGUCCAGAUAUAGAUGUUCAGGAUGAUGAAGUGGCAGAAACUGUUUUCAGAGACAGGAAGAGAAAAUUACCUUUGGAACUUACAGUGGAACUAACAGAAGAAACAUUUAAUGCAACAGUGAUGGCUUCUGACAGCAUAGUACUCUUCUAUGCUGGUUGGCAAGCAGUAUCCAUGGCAUUUUUGCAAUCAUAUAUUGAUGUGGCAGUUAAACUGAAAGGCACAUCUACUAUGCUUCUUACUAGAAUAAACUGUGCAGAUUGGUCUGAUGUAUGUACUAAGCAAAAUGUUACUGAAUUUCCUAUCGUAAAGAUGUACAAGAAAGGCAAGAACCCAGUAUCUUAUGCUGGGAUGUUAGGAACUGAAGAGCUCCUAAAAUUUAUCCAGCUCAACAGGAUUUCAUAUCCAGUGAAUAUAACAUCGAUCCAAGAAGCAGAAGAAUAUUUAAGUGGGGAAUUAUAUAAAGACCUCAUCUCCUAUUCUAGCGUGUCAGUACUGGGACUAUUUAGUCCAACCAUGAAAACAGCAAAAGAAGAUUUUAGUGAAGCAGGAAACUACCUAAAAGGAUAUGUUAUCACUGGAAUUUAUUCUGAAGAAGAUGUUUUGCUACUGUCAACCAAAUAUGCUGCAAGUCUUCCAGCCCUACUGCUUGCCAGACACACAGAAGGCAAAAUAGAGAGCGUCCCACUAGCUAGCACCCAUGCACAAGACAUAGUUCAAAUAAUAACAGAUGCACUACUGGAAAUGUUUCCGGAAAUCACUGUGGAAAAUCUUCCCAGUUAUUUCAGACUUCAGAAACCAUUACUGAUUUUGUUCAGUGAUGGCAGUGUAAAUCCUCAAUAUAAAAAAGCAAUAUUGACACUGGUAAAGCAGAAAUACUUGGAUUCAUUUACUCCUUGCUGGUUAAAUCUAAAGAAUACUCCAGUGGGGAGAGGAAUCUUGCGGGCAUAUUUUGAUCCUCUGCCUCCCCUUCCUCUUCUUGUUUUGGUGAAUCUGCAUUCAGGUGGCCAAGUAUUUGCAUUUCCUUCAGACCAAGCAAUAAUUGAAGAAAACCUUGUAUUGUGGCUGGAGAAAUUAGAAGCAGGACUAGAAAAUCAUAUCACAAUUUUACCUGCUCAGGAAUGGAAACCUCCUCUUCCAGCUUAUGAUUUUCUAAGUAUGAUAGAUGCCGCAACAUCUCAACAUGGCACUAGGAAAGUUCCCAAGUAUAUGAAAGAAACAGAUGUGCAGGAGAAUGAUAAGGAAGAACAUGAAGAUAAAUCAGCAGUCAGAAAAGAACCAAUUGAAACUCUGAGAAUAAAGCAUUGGAAUAGAAGUAAUUGGUUUAAAGAAGCAGAAAAAUCAUUUAGGCGUGAUAAAGAGUUAUGAUGCUCAAAAGUGAACUAAUUUGAUAGGGCUGUGGUUUCCAAAAUUUUUUUGGCAUGAUAGACUUAAUUUAUUUCCUUAAAGAAUAAUACUAAAUCAUUUCAAGUUUGUAGACUAGUGCCAUCCAAUAGAAUUAUAAUAUAAGUCACAUGUUUUAUUUAAAAUUUUCUAGUAACUACAUUAAACAAAGUAAAAGAGAGCAGGACAAAAUAAUUUUGAUACUAUUUUUCACCCAGUAGCAUACCCCAAAUAGCUAAAUAUAAAAAUU